UUUAUUUUAGCACAACUCCGGAAACGACAUCAGCGUCCACUAUAGCAACGGUCUCUCAGCGUUUUACACCAUUUCAGACCGAAAACCAAAACAACACAGGGAAGCAUCACUACAUCGCCAACAAACGCAUAAUCUGAACGGACCCUGACACACAAAACAUUAACCGCGGAACUGCAGGCAGUUCAAACGCAGAGCAGCGCAAAUGAUGGCGAAUUACCGGGCGUUUCACACCCAGCUCGCGACCAUCAUGGAGACGCUGACGCGCGCGGCGGUCGCCGAGAUCUGCGAGCUCGUGGACGACGGCUACGCCGUUUUACACAUCGAGAUUUCGCGCCACCAGAAAGAGAACGAGGAGCUACGACGGAAACUGCAGCUCAUCGAGUCUAUCGUUGCUGCGCGGGGGUUCAGCGACGAGAACGGGUCGGCGCGAGAUGUACGGUGUGACAGCAAUACUCGCGAAGCGCCGGUGAGCAGAAAAGCGUCCGCAAGCGGAGAGUCUACGAGCUGGGCAACCGCGGCAGAUUCCCGUGAAUCUCGUGAGGAAGGAGAUCUGAUUCAGACGCAUAUCAAGCAGGAAGGUCUGGAUCAGACACCGCUGGAAGAUGAAGACGACGAUGAUGAUGGGGAAAGUGUCUCUGUUGUAACUCACGACUCUCCUAAACCAGAAGUUACUGAGACCACAGGGCAGGACUCCCACCCGCUUAUACACUCCCCUGUGCUUGACACACACUGUCACCCGCUAACACACUCCCCUGAUCAUGACACCCACUCUCACACACUAACUUUUGCAGACAAACACUCUGGUGCGGAUGAGUCCCAGCACUCCAGUAUCGAUUUGACAAUUUCGGAUGAUGCUUCAUACCCCCUCUCGCAAACCAUUCCGGAGACACGUGUGUCCCAUCUCCAUCGAGUGUUUCAAGAAGAUUUGGGUUUAAAAGCUGAUUUGGACCCCGUCUCCGACUGGGCCGCUCGCACUGUUCGUAACACGCUUGCACAAACCUCUCCGCAGAGACUCGGUGGCUCGGACCCUCUUGUAUCCCAUAACUCUCCUUUGUUUGCUGCGCAGCGGCUGGUUGCUCUGGGUAAUGUCCCAGGGUUGGGUGUCUAUGGGCAGUUUGGCGCUUUGCGGGGAGGCGGAGCCAACAAGAGACACUUCAUCUGCUCGAUUUGUGGAAAGAGUUUCACCACUUCGCAGAGUUUGGACACGCACAUGCGCAUCCACACGGGAGAACGGCCGUACCGCUGCGAGCAGUGCGGGAAGCGUUUUACUCAGUCUGGCCAUCUCACGGCUCACCAAACUGUCCACACCGGAGAGAGACCGUACGAGUGCACCCGCUGCGGGAAACGAUUCGCAGGAAAGCAGUACCUGCGCAUACACACCAAGAAACACCAUCCUGACUUACAUGCGCUCUCACAUAUACCAACACAAACACAGCAAGAAUCACUACCCUGACUUAAACGGUACUCACAACAGAGAGAACGACGGAUACUGUUUGAUUAUUUAUUGUUUUUUACCUAUAUUUAUAUAUUAAAAUCUUGGUGGAGGAGUCAUGCAACUUUUUAGUUUCGCAGUGGUCAAAUAUGAAAACCUGAGUAGGUAAUUGAGGUUAUACACCUGUAGCGAGAUUGACUUACUAAACAAUACUAAAACCUGGAUUUGGAAGGUAACAAGUCUGAAUUGAAACAUCUAUGUGAGCCAAAACUGAUAAGGACCUUGUUUAUACCUGGUAUUAAGAUGCGUUUUGGUCAAUCUGAACACUAGUCAUCAAGAAAGGCAAGUUCCUGUUCACACCUGGGGUCUCAUUUAUAACAGUGUGCAUAGGAUCCUUACUAAAGUCCAAUUUAUCGUUGUGCGCAAGUUCUACACCCUAGGUUAUCCUUAGCCUCUGCGUAGCCUAUGUGAACCGCAAGCACUGUGAUUGGUCCACCAGAACCCCUCCCGUCAGGAAAAAAAACUGCGUCAUAGGUAUUUCUGUUUGUGACGGUGAGAACAAAGAUGGGCCAAGUUGAGGAGUGAUUUAACUCAAACUUCAACAUUAGUCGUUGUUUAUUUACUUCCAACAUUGCUGGUCUUCUCAAAACAUACACAACAAGCUGCUGUUUCUUCUUCGUUUGUGGAUUAAACUUGCGAAGCUGCUUCUUUAUUGACGGUUGUUCUGCUACUGUGGUUACACGUGAGGAUACAGCCUACCAGCGGUCUGCAUGCGUGUUUGCACGUCGACUCGGACGACGACGCAGAAGUAUAUGAGAACUGACGCGUAGACUACACCUUAGUAUCUACGCACAACUAUAAUGAGCCCUUAAAAAAAUUUACGUGUGCCCAAAAGCCAAAAAGGCCGUAUGCCAAAAAAAUAUUAAGACUUAAAAAACAAAGCAAUAUUACCUUUAUAAAUCACAGAUCACCUGCAAGUGUGCGUUCAUUAAUCAUCCUCAGAUCCCACCGUGCAAGCCCAUUGUCCCAUAAAGUUUGUUUUUAUAGAACAGAACCUUUGCGUGAGAACUGGCGUACACGUUUCCAGCACCGUUGUAUACGUAUGCAUAGGGGUGGGCGAUAUGACCAAAAUCUUCUAUCACGAUAGGAUUAAUUUUAUAUCAUGAUAACGAUAUGUAUCACGGUAGAGUUUUUUAUGUUUUAAUAAGGUUUAAAUCUUUAAUACCAUAGAAAUGUUCAUAAUUCUCACAAAAAAACAUAUACAAGCAUAGAAAGAAGAUUAAAACAAACAAAACUCAAGCUCUCUGAAGAUACACAGUCAAUAAGAAUGAUAAUAAAUAAUUAUGCAUGUAUGUAUAGGCCUAUAUAUAUUUUUUUUUAAGGUAGAAAAGUGAUUUAAUCAGGAGCAGUGAGAGAUUUUUUUCUCAAUGCUGUUUGAUUAACACGAGUGACAGACAGGAGCAAAAUUAGGUAACUUCCCCUUUAAGACCAAAGUCCGGAUCCAAUACACUGUUACACAUGCGCUUUCUCUUUUAGCUGUUUACUUUCUCUUAAGACCUUACUGGUCGUGUUUAUGAUGAUGCUUGCAAAGACGGGAAUUUUGACGCAUAUGUGUAUUUAAGGCCAAUAAAGCGGGAAAAAUGCUCACGAGCUUAAUAAGCAGAGGUCGCGCGACUUGCGCGCUCCUCACAGACAGAAAGAGCAGCGGUUGCGCGACUUGUCCGCUCCUGACACACAGAAAGAACGCACGCAUACAGAUCUGUUGUCUGUGUUUCAAUGGCUUAAAAUAACUUGUUUUAAAACUGCAGUGCUUAAAUACGUGUACAAACGUUACGUUUUCGCGACCACACGCACAGGAGCGUGACGUGGGCAAGUAACCUCGAUAGAAACGAUAGUCCAAAAUCUCUACCGGUUGACAAAUUUCUACCGGUUAAUUUUGUCUACCGGUUUAUCGCCCACCCCUACGUAUGCACGUUUUUUAAUUGAGACCCCUGGUGUUUCAAUCAAUCUUUUUUGUUCACUUCUACCGCUUCUGUCGUGAUUAGUUCUAAAGGAUAGUCUAUGGACGAGUGCCUCGGCUUUUGUUAAAACACGAGCAGAAAAAAACAUAGGUUUAAGUUGAUGCACAAUAAUAUUAUGUCAAGAGUACUGCUGCUUGUGUUGUUAGUAAACAUGCUGCAUAACAUUUUGUACAUUUCAGAGCAAUGGACGAAAUAAGCUCAACUUUCCCAAGCUUGAAAAAUGAACGAGGGAGAGAAGCUGCUUUCGUUUUAGUAAUGAUAGCCUACACCCCGAACCACGUUGAACACUGUGGGUUUGGUCAGGAUCGGUUCAUCAUGUUAGGUCAGUAGGCAGAGAGUAGGCGGUCUUUUGUGGCUGUUCAAACACAUUUGUUGAAUGCAAUUCUGUUGAAUGCGCUUUCGACUACCUCCGAGUUUGGUUGAAAGUGGGUGAGUUUAAAACGUUUUUGACCCAGUUUACACCUGUAUUUAGCGUCAUCCACUUGUGAUCUGAUCGACCAAAACAUUUUAAUACCAGGUGUAAACAGGGCCUAAGACUCUCAACAAGAUGUGCACAUCAAAAAAAUGCACAAAGAUGUACUUGAUGUACAGGACAAUGUGUGGUUAUUUCAAUAAUGGUUUUGUUAUUAUCUAAAUUAGAUGUAAUGAUACAUUAUCUACAGAAUCUACAUUUAUAUGAGAAACACUAACUGGGUUUAUCUGUGUUUUACUUUAUAAUAAACAUCAACUGUGGAA